GGAGCGAGACCAGUCAUGGCGGCGACACUCGCAGGCCGCCGCCUCCUCCUGCAGCGAUCCGCGGCGGCGGCGGGGGGGAGGUGGCGGCUGCUGGGGACGGCGGCGGAGGCGUCCUCCUCUCCGGGAGGGAGGGAAGAGGCGGGCGGGGGAGGGGGAGAUGAGAUCUACCUGAAGAAGCCGGCGGCGGCGGCGGCGGUAACGACGCGGGACGAGACGUCGGUGGCGAUGCCGAUGUCGUUCAUGACGGGGUCGGUGGUGGGGAAGCGGUUCUACCGGGAGGCCACCGUGCGGCGCGCCGACGACGGCAACGGGUGGUCGGUGAUGCUCGACUACCGCACCCUCAAGUCGCCGGCGAAGCGGCCGCUCAAGCUGCAGUCGCGGACGCUCGCCAUGGCCAUCGCCGCCGAGUGGGAGUACCAGGAAGCAGAUGGAAUCCGGCCUUUUACAAUGCCUCUUAUGAAGCUUGCUUGCACUGCACUGGAACGAGUUCCAUUGACACGAAAAAAAAUAAUUGAUAAUUUGAUGAAGAAAUUCCACCAAGAUUUGGUAUUCUGCCGUUCACCUGAUGAUAAUGAGCUGACUGUAGGAGUUUAUCAAAGACAGAAGGAGAAAAUUGACCCUAUACUAGACUGGGUAAACACUGAGUUUGGCUUCAAGCCUGUUGUAUACACAAGCUUUUUUGGUGGAAAGCAAGAUGAAGGGUUAGCUAAUGCUGUAGAAACUGUUUUGAAGAAUACCACCGACUUUGAGUUGGCAUCUAUUGAUGCUAUGGCAGCAGCAGCCCAUUCCCUGGUAAUCCCUCUCGCAAUAUUCAGAGGGAAGCUGGGAAUUGAGCAGGCAAUUGAAUUGAUCAGACUUGAAGAAGAUCACCAGGUUGAUAGAUGGGGCUUGGUUGAAGGAGGUCAUGAUGUUGAUAUUGCCGAUCUCAAAGUGCAAAUGUCAUCAGCUGUUGUGUUUCUUUUACUUUCAUGGCAACUAUAGUUACUUAUGUAGCGAAUCUACGGAUCGGUUGGUUUUUUUUUGUUUGAUCUCGACUUUCGAGCUUGUAUCAACUUUUGUGACGACUGGUAGAAUAAGACUUCCCUGCAGAUGGUUAAUAGGGAGACAGAGCUCCAGAAUUUAAUCUGUUGGAUUCUGGUGUCUCAAACAGUAUGUUUGUUAAGAUAUAAAAACUCAACCUGUGGAAUACUUAUCAUUUUUUUUGUGGAA